AAAAACUACCACAAAUAUACCAACAACUUAUCAUCAUGAGUCCCAAGAACGAGAAUCAAGAUAACCAAGGAGGCAUUAACGGCUACAUCGACCAGGCGGCCAACUCCACCAGCAAUGCCUAUCACACCACCAAGGACAAGUUCCACGACAUCAAUGAAUCGGCUCGAGAAAUGGUCAACGGGAAACCCGAGAGCAAAAUUGACACCAAUGUGGACAGUGCGGCCGAAUCGGUCAAGGAGACCCUUCACUCCACACAAGAUAGCAUGAGCAAUGCCAAGGAGACCAUGGGCGACAAGACUGAAGAGAUGAAGGACUGGAUCAAUGGCGAGGAGCCUAAGGAGAAAACCAUGGGCGACCAAGCCUCAGAGAUUGUCAACAGUGCCAUGGAAUCCAUGAACAAUGCUAUUGAGGCCGCCAAGACCACAAUCUAUGGUCCAGAGAAGGACAACAUUGAUCAGACUGUGGAUGACGCCGCUGCUACCACCAAGGAUGGGCUUCACUACAUGAAGGACAGUGCUGAUUCCGCAAGUGAAUCCAUUCGAAGUGCCUUUGAGGAAGAAGAGCAAGACAAGGUGGAUGAAGUCAUCGAAAAAGCAGCCAAUCGGUCUAAAGACAUGGUUGAUAACUCCAAAGGGACCACGGAGCGCUUCAGCGAGGAGAUCCAGCAACCCACCACAGGCGAAGAAUUUGAUGCCUCAGUCAUGCACUAGUUACGAAUAAUUCUAUUGAAACCCAUUUGUCAGCUCCAGAUUUUGUGUGCCCAUUUCGUAGUAGAAAUAGUAAUAAAUAUAAUCAACUGUUUGUAA